UAUAUGAUACUCACAGGUUUGCACCUGAUAAUGUCAUUGUUAUGUCGUAAAUGUAUAUAAAUCAAAUGAAAAAAAUAUUUGAAUUUUAGUUAUAAAUUAUCUACACAUACAUUCAAAUAGGAAAAUGUGACUAAAUUAUUUAUGGCAUAUGUUUGUUACGUUUUUUUCCUCUAAUGUAUUUUUAAAAGUGCAUAUACAGUGCAAAAAUGAAGACGAUAUCCACCGAAGAUUCAAAAAGACCUUUAAAAACGGUCAUAAAUGGAGACGACAGUAUUUCCGGUUAUGGAACUAUUUCCGGUGGAGCACCAGCAGAGCUGACGUCAUGGAGACGUUAUCUAAUAGGACCUCUUUUAUCGGUUUAUAUGUUUGGUUACAUGAUGUCAUAUUAUACCAUUACAGAAUACACCAAUAAGACGUGGCAUGACAUAAAGUUUAAAGAAGCAAAUGUUUCUGUAAACAGUUCGUCCUUAUCUGUGUGUGUUGCAAAUAAAAGUAGUCCAGAAUUCAAACUUGAGAGUGAAGCGACGUCUAUGGCUGCACAAUAUAUGGUCUAUUAUAGUUUAUCUCAAGGUAUUCCAGCCGUAGUGUCGAACCUUAUUCUUGGCUCGUAUACAGACGCACUAGGCAGGAAAUUUUUACUUGGCGUAGGAAUUUCUGGAACUACAUUACGGUUGAUAUUUUCGGUUAUUAUCAUAUAUUUCAAAUUUAAUAUGUUAUAUUUCAUUGGAGCAUGCUUCAUAGAAGGUUGCACAGGCCAGUAUGCCACAUUCCUUCAAGUAUGUCUUGCAUACGCGGGGGAUAUUACCAAACCUGGCAAGCAAAGAACUAAUGGAAUGGCAUAUAUUAUGUUUAUGCUUGGAAGCUCAUUAACUUUGGCCAGUUUUGCAGCAGGAUAUCUUAUACAAAAUUAUAACUUCUACGUUCCUUUGGCAGCUGCCGUAGUCCUUCUAACAAUAGCUUUUUUAUGA